ACAAAAAGCAUGUUAAUUUAAUUCACAAUUUUAAAAAUCAUGAUUUCUGCAAGAAAAAGCAGCCUUCGAGCAGUUUCAGAUGCACAGAAGUUGUGGCCUCAUCUCAAUGGAGUAUUUUGUGUCUAUAAACCAAGUAAUUUAACAAUAAAUCAGACAAGAUUUACAAUUAUAUCGAAUAUUUGUAGAGAUUUGAAUGAAUUAAGUGUAAGACCACCAAGGAAACGAGUGCUGAUUGAGCCUUCAACAGACUGCAAAUAUUUAGUAAAAACUCAAAAUGAUUUAUCUGAUCAUGUGCUGGUUGUUGGAGAUAGAUAUCAGAAUUGCGAUAUAGUUAUGAGUGGAAGUCAUAAUUUGGGCAAGCUUACAAGUGGUGUGAUGACAUUCGGCUUAAAUCGUGGUGCAAAAAUGGCAAGCAGAAUACGAGAUAACAGACCAAUAAGAGUUUAUCAUGUGACUGGUAAAUUAGGGAAAUCAACAGAAUCGCACUUUUAUGACUCGCCUACAACAGCUAAAGCUACGUUUGAUCAUGUACAUUUAGGCAAAUUAAAUUCACUCUUAACAUCCUUACAAGCAUCACAUCAGAGGAAAAUGUAUGAAAUGUGUGGAGUGGAUAUGCAGUCACAAUCAGCAUAUGAAUUAGCCAUAAAAGGACCAAUUCGUCCUGCAAUAUCCAAUAUUCCUUUACUUUACAGUAUUCGAUGUAUUGAAUAUAAAAGACCUUACUUCACAUUAGAAAUCCACGCAUGCAAUGAGUCAGAAAAUUACUUGGGAAUUUUAAUAAAUGAAAUUGGAAUUGAAUUAAAGUCAUUAGCAUAUUGCUCACAAAUUAGAUGUAUUAGAGAAUCACAUUUUACAUUAGAGGAUGCAUUAGUCAAGAGACAUUGGAAUGUAGAGGCACUACUAGGAAACCUGAAAAGAUGUCGAGACAUAUUACUUAAACAUCCUGAAAUUAUUGCGCAAACUAAUCCAAUUUUAGAAAAUAUGAAUAAAGAACAAAGUCAGUAAAUUUGUUUGUUAAUCAA